UUGAACCUGGGUCGCUGGAGCCAUAAAGCGUUACCCUAACCACUACACUACCGUACCGUGUUGAGCUUCUUAAGAAUUAUUGAUGCUUUUCACUUCCAGGCAAGUGGAGACUGUUCCAUCACACAUCUGACCUGCAGCGCGAAGCUUGGUUAUGGUUUGAUAGAUAUACAUCAGUUGGUGAGGAACAGCUCCACCUCACCUUCUGCCUGGCUGCUUUGUUCUUUCACCAAGCCUUGAUGAUACCUCAUACCUAUUGGAAUCAUCUUCUGAUGAAGCAGGAUCCUCAAUCCCUGACAUUUUACAUCAGACGCUUGGGAGUGUACGCAAAUAUCUUGAACAAUGGGAUUCCCUGGUCUAACUUUGUCCUGGAUUGUGCGGACCUUUAUCGCCAAGGCUUUCACACGAGCAGGGUUUAUCAGAUAUACCCCUCUGGAUCAUUCCUGCCGCUGAGUGUUUACUGUGACAUGGAGACUGAUGGCGGAGGUUGGACUGUGUUUCAGAGACGAAUGGAUGGCUCUGUUGAUUUCUACAGAGGAUGGGAUGAUUACAAGCAGGGCUUUGGGACAGCGGAUGGUGAAUAUUGGCUCGGUCUGCAGAACAUACAUUCAUUAACAGCACGGAGGAACUAUGAGCUGAGAAUCGACAUGGAGGACUUUGAGAACAGGACCGUCUAUGCCAAGUAUAAGCUGUUUGCAGUGGCCCCUAAUGCCAUUCAUGCAGAAGGAAGUGGCUACAGUCUCCUGGUUCGGGGAUUCACUGACGGGGGAGCAGGAGACUCAAUGGCCUAUCAUAAUGGACUCAAAUUCAGCACUUUCGACAGGAAUCACCAAGGCCCCAUAAACUGUGCACAGAAUAACUCUGGAGCCUUUUGGUACAAUGCAUGUCACAUGGUAAACCUCAAUGGUCUCUACUUAAGAGGGCCACAUGCUUCCUACGCCAAUGGAAUCCACUGGGCCACAUGGACUGGGUAUUAUUACUCCCUCAAAGCUACUGCCAUGAAAAUGAGGCCCACCUCUGUGGGUUAG